AUGCCCUGCUGGCCAUGGAGGCUGCUGCUGGCCGCGGGCACGCUCUCGGCCCUGCGCGCCGGGCCGCCGGCGCCCGGAGACCCCUGCCUGGACGAGGGCGGCGCCCCCCGCGGCUGCGUGCCGGGCCUGGUGAACGCUGCCCUGGGCAGGGAGGUGCUGGCGUCCAGCACGUGCGGGCGGCCGGCCACGCGGGCCUGCGACGCCUCAGACCCGCGCCUCGCACACCCGGCAGCCCUCCUGACGGCGGCGGGGGGCACCGCGGGGCCACUGUGCUGGCGCUCCGACUCGUUGGCGCGCGCGCCCCUGAAUGUGACCCUGACGGUGUCCCUGGGCAAGGCCUUUGAGCUGGUCUUCGUGAGCCUGCGCUUCUGCUCGCCGCCGCCAGCCUCCAUAGCCCUGCUGAAGUCGCAGGACAAUGGCCGCAGCUGGGCGCCGCUGGGCUUCUUCUCCUCGCGCUGCGUCCUAGACUAUGGCCGCCUGCCGGUCCCCACCACCGGCCCAGCAGGCCCGGGGCCUGAGGCCUUAUGCUUCCCAGCGCCCCAAGCCCAGCCUGAUGGUGGAGGUCUCCUGGCGUUCAGCGUGCAGGACAGCAGCCCCCCAGGCCUGGACCUGGACAACAGCCCGGUGCUUCAAGACUGGGUGACCGCCACCGACAUUCGAGUGGUGUUCACCAGCCCGGCCAUGCUGGCUGAUGCCAGGGACGCAGAAGCUGUGCUCCCAUAUGCCUAUUCGGCCACGGAGCUGCAGGUGGGCGGGCGCUGCAAGUGUAACGGGCACGCCUCGCAGUGCCUGCCAGAUGCCCAGGGCCACCUGCUCUGCGACUGCCAGCAUGGCACCGAGGGCCCAGACUGUAGCCGCUGUAAGCCCUUCUACUUCGACAGGCCCUGGCAGCGGGCCACCGCCAGGGAUGCCCACGCCUGCAUUGCCUGCUCUUGCAACAGCCACGCCCGCCGCUGCCGCUUCAACGUGGAGCUCUACCGCCUGUCAGGACGGCGCAGCGGGGGCGUGUGCCUCAACUGCCGCCACAACACUGCCGGCCGCCACUGCCACUACUGCAGGGAGGGCUUCUACCGCGACCCGGCUCGCGCUCUGAGUGACCGUCGCGCUUGCAGGGCCUGUGACUGCCACCCAGUUGGGGCAGCUGGCAAAACUUGCAACCAGACCACGGGUCAGUGUCCCUGCAAGGAUGGCGUCACUGGCCUCACCUGCAACCGUUGCGCACCCGACUUCCAGCAGAGCAGGUCCCCAGUGGCACCCUGCGUGAAAACCCCGGACCCUGGGCCUGUUGAAGAGAGCAACCCUGUGGACCCUCCGGACUGUGAAGCCCACUGCAGACCCACCCAGGGCAGCUACCGGAUCAGCCUGAAGAAAUUUUGCAGGAAGGACUAUGCGGUGCAGGUGGCGGUGGGCGCGCGCGGCGAGACGCACGGAGAGUGGACGCGCUUUCCGGUGGCUGUGCUAGCGGUCUUCCGGAGCGGCGAGGAGCGCACGCGGCGUGGGAGCAGCGCGCUCUGGAUGAGCCUGCUCCUCGCCUGCGCCUUGCUGAGCAGCGUCCUGUGA